ACGACGAGCGAUAUUCUUCACUUCGGUGCUUGCGUGGAAGUCCCCUGGGGCUAGGAACGUGCUAUAUUGCGACGGGUUUCCAGUAUCGCAGCAACGCGCAUCUUGAUUCGAUCGGUGGCCCCUUUUGAUCCGAGCAUUCUUCCCCCCCCUACGACGGGGUAACGAGCCGUAAGGGCACAAUGCACCUCGCGUACCCGCCACGGAAAGACUCCCAUCCCGCACCCUAUCGAAGAUCGCGUUUCCCAGUAAUACGAAGAAGUCAACUGAAGACGAUAGUGUUGUUUGCAUUAGCCAUUCUCGGCUUGAUAUGGCUAUUUUCUAGUCCCAAACCUUCGGGGCCCCGUCGCAUAACAGGCAAGCCGCCAGUGGUCGUGGUCACCGUUUUUGACGACAAGUAUGACAAUACCGCAUACUCGCAACACAUCAAAGACAAUCGGAUACAGUACGCCGAGAAACAUGGAUAUGGCACAUUCAUUGCUAGAGCCAGCGACUACGACCUGGCGGGAGCACCCGAUUCUUGGUCGAAAGUCGUGGCCAUGAGGCAUGCUAUCACCAAAUUCCCCGACUGCAAAUAUGUGUGGUACCUCGAUCAGCAUGCGCUCAUUAUGAGCCCCAACUCUAGAGUAGAAGAACAUGUCAUGGGCGCCCAGAGGCUCGAAGAAAUGAUGUUGAGGGACCAUCCAGUGGUGCCGCCAGAGAGCAUCAUUAAAACGUUUUCGCACCUCAAAGCUAGCGAUGUCGACCUAGCCAUCACGCAGGACAAAGAUGGACUCGCGACAACCAGCGUGGUCCUCAGGAAUGGCGAAUGGGCCAAAUUUUUUCUCGACACUUGGUUCGAUCCCAUGUAUCGAAGUUACAACUUUCAGAAAGCAGAAACGCAUGCCUUGGAACACAUCGUUCAGUGGCAUCCCACCAUCCUUUCGAAGCUCGCGAUUGUCCCACAACGGGCCAUCAAUGCAUAUUCGACGGUGGAACACGGCGCCCAAUACAGAGACGGGGAUAUUGCCGUCGUAUUCGCCGAGUGCUCUGGCACAGGAGCCACGAGCUGCGCCAACGAGGCUGAAAAAUACUCGCAGCACUGGCGGGCAUCUUUUGGUGCGGGCCAUUAGCGCAAGCAACUUGCAAGCGAGGCGCCAAGCCGCCACGGUCCUUAAUAUCUAAUGAUAUCUGUUUGUGUCAUCAUGAAGCGAAGGGAAAAAGUCGAGCAAGGGAAUUGCUAUGUUGAUGAGGUUGGCGUUUUAUGGAUAUUACUGCAUACCCGCACCUGCCGGUUUCAUGGCUGCGUCACAUAGAUAGGAGCUGAAGCAUUUACACUGGUGUUUUUGUGUAGUUACCUGUUAGUAUUAUGUCCUUGUUUACAGGCAUGUCAUCUGUUUCUGGGGCUGGAGAUAUAGACAAUUCGUCGAAUCUGAUUUCAGUGGCCCAAUUGACUGUCAUUUGUUAAUUCUAUUUACAUGCAAGCAAGGAAUGAUCUUAGUAGGUCUACU